CUAUAAAAUAAUAUUUGCUAUAAGAUAGUGUAUUUAUUCAUGUAAGUGUAACAAAAGGUGAAGUAAUUUGCAAUGUUCUUAUGCAAAGAUAAACGAUAUUAAAAAAUAAAAAGACAAAACAAAUAGUUAAUUUGUGAGAUAAAAGAAAAAGAAAUUCACGCUCCCAACUUCCAACUUCCAUCAUCUUCUCCUUGGUUCUUAAUUGCUCAUAUUUUCAGGAACAGGCAUACGUGAUCGUUUCCUUGCAACGGAGGAUCAUUGGAUUCGAAGCUCACAUGCUGCUACACCUGAACUUCUGCCAUCUGCUAUCCGGACCUUCUUCUCUGUUGGUGUCCAUUUUGCGCUUUCAUUGUUAAUCAGCUCAAUCGCCAUCUUCAUUCACCAAAGCCACACCCAGUGCGCGAGCUUUUGAGCCCCAGUAAAAUGGUUGUUUCUACACUAACGACGACUACUUUCUCUUCAUGUUUCCCCUUCUCAAAAUAUAUCCCUGCCCACUCGAAAUCUUCUGGAGCUCACCCUCGAACACUCUGUUGCUCAAGUGGAGAUGAAGAUCUUAAUGGCUUAAUUAAUGUGUCAUCACUAUCGGAGUCGGAAAGACGUGAGGGUGCACAGAUCGUGGAGUCAUCUGAUGGUAAACGUUGCAUUCAGUCAUCAAAUGGUGAAUUGCCGGCAAAAAACAGUGAAAUUUGGCAACUGUUCAACGAAGCUCAGCAGAAUAUCUUGUACUUGGAUAAACAACGUGCUCUUGCUAUAGAGGAGCUGAACAAGGCAAUCAGUGAGAAAAACUUACUGCUUGAAAAGAUCAAGGAACUAGAGUUAGAAAAGCAGGCUAUGGAUGGAAAAGAUCAGGCUUCAAUAUGCUGGCAGUUGCUACUUCGGAUUGAUUCUAUGGUUCUCACUGGCAUGAUUAGCUCUGAAGAGGCGUCUAAAAUGAGACGGCUAGUAAUGGAUCACAAAGUUAGCAUCGUCGAUGCUUUCACAGAUAUCCUGCAGAAGAAAGACGCUGAGGUUCUAGCAGAGCUACGUCAGUUUUCUUACAGAAGCAAGAAGAGUGGUUUUCACAUUGUUCACAUUUGUACUGAAAUGGCUCCAAUAGCAUCUUUUGGAGCGGUGGCAUCAUUUGUAACAGGGUUAUCUCAAGCUCUACAAAGAAAAGGCCACUUGGUGGAGGUUAUAUUACCAAAGUAUGGAAGCAUGAACCUAAAUGAGGUUCAAGGGUUGCGAGAGAUUGAGGUGGAGUACUAUUCGUAUUUUAAUGGUCAACUACAUGGAAACAAGAUAUGGACUGGGGUUGUUCGUGGCAUAGGGGUUACUUUCAUUCAACCUUUGUAUUACUCAUCAUUUUUCAACCGUGAGAAGGCACAUGGAUACUCUGAUGACUUUGAACGAUUUAUGUACUUCUCUCGAGCAUCAUUGGACUAUAUUGUGAAAUCUGGCAAGAAGCCUGAUGUGUUACACAUACAUAAUUGGCAAACUGCUUUAAUAGGACCACUUUUCUGGGACAUUUUUGUUCAACAGGGACUUGAAGGUUCUAGAAUCUUAUUCACGUGUCAUGACAUUUAUGCACAGUCUCUUGUACAACCGGAGAAAAUAGCACUAUGUGGACUUGAUCCUGCAAGGCUUCAUCGCCCUGACCGUCUGCAAGACAGUUCCAAUACGCACCUUGCAAACACAAUGAAGGGUGGAAUCGUUUACUCCAAUAAAGUUGUAAUAAUGUCAUCCACACAUUCGAAAGGCCGUAUAAUUCAUAGUUUGAGUCAUGGUUUGGAAACUACCUUAAACAUGCACAAGGAAAAAUUGCUUGUUGCUCCUUAUGGGUUUGACAGCUCGGCUUGGGAUCCUCAAAAAGAUAAAAUUCUUCCAGAAAAUUAUAGUGCAGAUGAUAUGAAAGGAAAAGCUGUAUGCAAAAUCGCAUUGCAGAAAAAACUGGGGUUAGCUGAGAAUUCUUCUUUUAUUACAGUUGGAUGUUUUUUGUCAGAUUUGUCAGAUGUUGACACAGAGAACCUGAGAGAAAUUGUUCAGAAUGCUACCAAAAUGGGUGUCCAGUUCAUUUUCAUGACGACUGGGGAAGUGACAAGUAGACACAAGGAACUAGAAUCUCUUCAAGUAAAAAUUGAGGAUGAAAACGUGAGGUUCAUAAACAGAUACGAUGAGACAUUGUCACAUCUCAUUUUUGGAGGCUCCGACAUUAUUCUCUGUUAUUCUCUUCACGAUCCUAUUCUGCAAGUUCCAAUGAAGGCUAUGAGAUAUGGAGCUGCACCGAUUGCAAUCACCACCAAUAACAAUAAUGGAUUAAGGCACUUUCCAGAUCAUGACUACGAGACCACUAAGUUAGCCAUGUUCAUUAACUCUACCUUCGGAUACUUGUCCUUCAGUCAAGCCCUAGAUGAAAUUAAUAACAAUCCAUCGGAGUGGAAUCACAAAGUACUUGAUGCAAUGACGAAGGACUUCUCUUGGGAUGCAGAGUGUUGUGAUAUACAUAUCUCUGCUUACACAGCUAUAAACAGCUUGUGAAUAAAGUACAAAGUAGAACGUAAGAGCGUACAUAUGACGAAAUUUGCAUCCAUCUUUGCAGAUUUCCAGUCUAUAAUGUCCAGAUUUUAGGUUUGUAAAUGAAGAGGUACAUUGGUUUAUUUUCGAUUAUAAGUUGGAUGUGAAUAAUAAGAAUGGGGACGUGCUAAAGGUUAAGGUGCAGCUAUCUAAAGUAGUCCAAGUUGUCUAAUAAGUGUAGUCAUGCAUGUCUAAAUCUGAAACUAAAAGCUUUUCGAUGACUGGAGUUUUCUCAACAAGGAUAAAUAAUUUUUUACUAUGUUUUUAA